CGUUGACCCCUAUCCAGUCACUGCCAUAGCAGUCAGUGCGUCCUUACCUCCUUAGGCUGCUCCGAGUGCCUGACACGGACCGCGCGGUGGGUUUGGACGUCAGAGGAGUCUCCUAUGGUAGCACGGUUCGACUAAUUCCUUCAGCCUCGAUUGUUCUGUAACUAUUGGAUCGGAAUCUAAAAAGAGCUGUGCUUUUACCACGGUCCAGCAUGGGUCGCGAGGUCGAGUCGAGCGAGGUGGAGGUAGAGCCUUUACCCACGCCUCCUAAGUUCGAUCUGAACAUCGAUUGGUCGCAAGUUAAUCUCGAGGCGCUUCAGUUGCCGGAGGGCGAAGAUUUUGACAUCAAGAGCGACGACGAGGAAGAGGAGCUGGAGGUGGUCGAAUCGGAGACGGGCUUCGGCAACGUUAUCGUCGUCGACAACCUGCCCGUCGUUCCGCCCGAAAAGUUCGAGAAGCUGCAGACCGUGGCGAAGAAGAUUUUCGGGCAGAUCGGGCUGAUCCGGGAGGGGGGGCUGUGGAUGCCCGUCAAUAAGGAGACUCAGAAGACAAAUGGAUAUGCUUUUAUCGAGUAUGCCACUCCCCAGGAGGCGCAGGCGGCGCGGGAGCAGAUGGACGGGUACAAGCUGGACAAGUCGCACGUGUUCAAGGUGUCCAUGUUCGACGACUUCGAGAAGUACGCGCGCGUGCCCGACGAGUACGCGCCGCCGCCCGUCAAGGAGUACACGCCGUCGGAGAACCUGCAAUGGUUCGCGGGCGACGAGCGCGGGCGCGACCAGUUCGUGAUCCGCUUCGCGUCGGAGACCGAGGUCUACUGGAACGACGCGCGCGCCGCCAAGCCCGACCCCGUGUACCGCCGCACGUUCUGGACAGAGAGCUUCGUGCAGUGGUCGCCGCUCGGCAGCUACCUCGCCACCAUCCAUCGCCAGGGAGCCGCCAUCUGGGCCGGCCCCUCGUGGCAACGAAUUAUGCGAUUCGCCCACCCCCAGGUUCGGCUGAUCGACUUCUCCCCCGGGGAGCGAUUUCUGGUGACCUACAGCAGCCACGAGCCCGCUAACCCGAGGGACACUCAGAAGGUGGUGCUGAACGUGUUCGACUCGAGGACGGGCAGGAGCAUGCGUGAGUUCAAGGGGCCGGCAGACGAUUUUGCUACCGGCGGCGCCGGUGGCGUUGCUGGCGUGCAGUGGCCCGUCUUCAGGUGGGCGGGUGGUCGCGAGGACAAGUACUUUGCGCGCAUUGGGCGCAACUGCGUGUCGGUGUACGAGACGAGCACGAUGACGCUGCUGGAUAAGAAGUCGAUCAAGGCGGACAACGUUCACGACUUCACCUGGUCGCCUGCUGAACCCCUCUUGGCGAUGUACAUUCCAGAAGCCAACGGGGGCAACCAACCUGCCAGGGUAAGCCUCAUCUCCAUCCCGUCCAGGGAGGAGCUGCGGCAGAAGAACCUGUUCAGCGUGAGCGAGUGCCGCAUGGCGUGGCAGAGCGCGGGCGAGUACCUGGCGGUGAAGGUGGACCGCUACACCAAGACCAAGAAGACCACGUACUCGGGCUUUGAGCUCUUCCGCAUCAAGGAGCGCGACAUCCCCAUCGAGGUGCUGGAGCUUGAGAACAAGAACGACAAGGUCAUCGACUUCGCCUGGGAGCCCAAGGGCCACCGAUUCGCGGUGAUCCACGGGGACGGGCCCAAGCCCGACGUGUCGAUCUACACCAUGAAGCCCGCCCCGACGGGGGGCGCGGGGGGGGUUAUGAAGGUGGCGAAGCUGACGACGCUCAAGGGCAAGCAGGCGAACACGCUGUACUGGUCGCCCAUGGGGCGGUUCCUGGUGCUGGCCGGGCUCAAGGGGUUCAACGGACAGUUCGAGUUCUUUAAUGUGGACGAGCUCGAGACCAUGGGCACUGGCGAGCACUUCAUGGCCACCGACGUGGAGUGGGACCCCACUGGCAGGUACCUGGCAACAGCAGUGACGUCGGUGCAUCAGAUGGAGAACGGCUUCCACAUCUGGUCCUUCAGCGGCCGCCUCCUCUACCAGCUGCCCCGCGACCGCUUCAUGCAGUUCCUGUGGAGACCCCGCCCGCCGUCCCUUCUGCCCCCCGAAAAGGAUGCGGAGGUUUCCAAGAACCUGCGCAAGUACAGUCGCAAGUACGAGGUGGAGGACGAGGAGGCAGGCGCCGCAUCAAGCGCCGCGGAGGUGGAGAGGCGGCGCAUGGUGAUGGACGAGUGGCGGCAGUGGCAGGCGGAGUGGCGGCAGAUGGACGCCCAGGAGGAGAAGCUGAGGGCGGCGAUCAUAGGCGGGGAGGGUGAGGAGGAAGAGGAAUAUAAGGCGGAGGAGGUGGAGGUGGAGGAGAUUAUUGACAUCCAGGAGGAGAUUGAGAGGUUUGAGUGAGAUUCUUGUUAAAAUAUCAAAAUUACUAAAAUGCUUAUGGCUUAACAAGCAAGUGUCCCAUCCAAUUGCUUGGACCUGGAGUAUUUGAGGCCAGUUUCCUGGUGCUUACUAAGAUGGAAGGUCGUGAUUCAAUAAAGAGAACCGAGAAGU